AUGGAAUCCAUCUCAAUUCCCAGGGCCGAUCCCGCCGACAUAGCCCACGAUUUCUUCCCUUUCCUUCGCGUUUACAAAGACGGCCGCGUCGAUAAAUUCCUCCACACCCCACUUGUCCCUCCCUCCGACGAUCCCAACACCACCGGUGCCUUGUCGAAAGACGUCUUCAUUUCUCCGGAAAACAAGGUUGGUGCCCGGCUGUUUCUCCCCAAGACGGUCAAACCGGACGAGAGACUCCCGGUCCUCGUUUACUUCCACGGUGGUGCUUUUGUCAUUGAAUCCGCCUUCUCUGCCCAAUACACCGCCUACCUGAACUCCGUCGUCGCUGAGGCCAACGUGAUCGCCGUCUCCGUCGAGUACAGGUUGGCUCCGGAGCACAAAGUCCCUGCUUGCUACGAGGAUUCUUGGGCGGUUACCAAGUGGGUCGAAUCCCACUCCGGUAAACAAGGACCCGACCCAUGGCUCAAUGACCACGCCGACUUCGGUAGGGUUUUCUUCGCCGGAGAUAGCGCCGGAGCUAAUAUUGCCCACAACAUGGCUGUCAGAGCAAGUAAUGCUGAAGAAGGUGGGAUUAAGCCUUUGGGGUUGAUUUUAGCACAUCCCUUUUUCGGCAACGGGAAGCCGGACAAGCUGUGGCAGUUUAUUUGUUCGGAUUUCAAUGGGUGGGAAGACCUGAGGUUGAAUCCUAUGGCUCAUCCGAAUGUGCUGGCGGGACUGGUUUGCAAGAAGGUUUUGAUUGUAUUAGGGGAGACAGAUUUCAUAAGAGACAGGGGUGUGCUUUAUCAUGAAGCCCUGAAGAAGAGCGGAUGGAAUGGCGAAUUGGAAGUAGUGGAUUUCGAGAAGGAAGGACAUGUUUUUCAUUUGCUCAAUCAAGCGUGUGAGAAUGCCGGAAUUUUGAUGAAAAAGGUUGUUUCUUUCCUCUCUGUGUGA